AUGAACAAGCUAUACAUUGGAAACCUUAGUGAAAACGUGACUCCUGAAGACUUGGUAAAAGUCUUUGAAGACUGCAAGAUUCCAUUCUCGGGACAGUUUCUCUUGAAAACUGGUUAUGCGUUUGUUGACUGUCCGGACGACCAAUGCGCGAUGAAAGCCAUUGAAACAUUUUCUGGCAAAGUGGAACUGCAUGGCAAACGUAUUGAGGUCGAACAUUCUGUCCCUAAGAAACAAAGGACCAGGAAACUCCAGAUUAGAAACAUUCCACCACACUUGCAGUGGGAGGUACUUGAUGGUCUGUUGGCUCAAUAUGGAACAGUGGAGAACUGUGAACAAGUGAACACGGAAAGCGAAACUGCAGUCGUCAAUGUCACUUACGGGACACGGGAACAGGCCCGACAGGCCAUCCAGAAGCUGAAUGGACACCAGUUCGAGAACAACGCCUUGCAUGUCUCCUACAUCCCUGACGAGACAUCCGAGGUGGACGGCCAGCGGGGGCCCGACAACGGCCGGCGCCCAGGCUAUGGGCCCCGCGGCCAGCGCCAGGGCUCCCCCAAUUCCGGUGGGCCCCCGAAGCACCAGCACGCCGACAUCCCCCUGCGCCUCCUGGUACCUACCCAGUAUGUGGGCGCCAUCAUCGGCAAGGAGGGGGCCACCAUCCGCAACAUCACCAAACAGACUCAGAGCAAGAUCGACGUCCACCGCAAGGAGAACGCUGGGGCCGCCGAGAAGCCCAUCAGCAUCCACUCCACCCCCGAGGGCUGCUCGGCCGCCUGCCGCAUGAUCCUGGAAAUCAUGCACCAAGAGGCCAAGGACACCAAGACGGCUGAUGAGGUCCCGUUGAAGAUCCUGGCCCACAACAACUUUGUGGGGCGACUGAUCGGCAAAGAGGGGCGCAACUUGAAGAAGGUGGAGCAGGACACGGACACCAAGAUCACCAUCUCCCCGCUGCAGGACCUGACACUGUACAACCCGGAGAGGACCAUCACGGUGAAGGGCCCCAUCGAGGCCUGCUGCCUGGCCGAGCAGGAGAUCAUGAAGAAAGUGCGCGAGGCCUACGACAACGACAUCGCCGCCAUGAACCAACAGACUCACCUGAUCCCCGGACUCAACCUGGGCGCCCUGGGGCUGUUUCCCCCGUCCUCUGCCAUGCCACCGCCUCCCCCCGGAAACUCGACUCCCGGCGGCCCCUACGGCACUUUCGGAACGCCGGAGCAGGAGACGGUGCACGUGUACAUCCCGGCCCAGGCCGUGGGAGCCAUCAUCGGCAAGAAGGGCCAGCACAUCAAACAGCUCAGCCGCUUCGCCGGAGCCUCCAUCAAGAUCGCUCCGGCCGAGACUCCGGACUCGAAGAUGCGCAUGGUCAUUGUAACCGGCCCCCCUGAGGCCCAGUUCAAGGCUCAGGGCAGGAUCUACGGCAAGCUGAAGGAGGAGAACUUCUUUGGACCGAAAGAGGAGGUGAAGCUGGAGACGCACAUCAAAGUAGCAGCCACCGCCGCGGGCCGUGUCAUCGGGAAGGGCGGGAAAACGGUGAACGAGCUGCAGAACCUGACUGCCGCUGAGGUGGUGGUCCCCCGCGAGCAGACCCCCGACGAGAACGACCAGGUCAUCGUCAAGAUCAUCGGACACUUCUAUGCAAGCCAGCUGGCCCAGCGGAAGAUUAGGGACAUUCUGACUCAGGUCAAGCAGCAGCAGCAGAAAGGGGGCAUGGGGGGCCCUCCGGGACCGCACCCGCACCCUCCUGUUGAGCCCGGGACACAGGGAUUGGCCCAGGACGGUCAGCCCGCCCGCAGGAAAUUGCUGAGCUGUUGCGAUGCUGCGCGGAAGGAUGUUUUCCGUGGGACCGAGGGUCAGGAAGCGGGAGAGGCGGAACUGCCCGCCGCCGUGAUGGUGCCAUAUCUGAAAGAUACCCGCAGGAAGCUGAAGGUGGCACAGCUGCAGUUGUGUGUAAUGGACUACAUGCUGCAUUUGGUGGAGAGCAUGGAGUCACCUGAUGUACUCAACCGUUCCACUCUGGACGCAGGUGAGGACGGCCGCGCCCGUCUGAAGGAGCUGAAGAGCGAGCACAUCGCCGGCCUGCAGCGGGCGCAGGAGCAGAUCGCCGCCCUGCAGGGCAGGAUGGAGCAGGUGGAGCUCAAGAGGGAGAGGCUGGAGGAGCUGCUGGCCGCCCUGGAGAGGAAGAGAGAGGAGGUGACGGAGAAGGAGAGAAUGAAAAUGCAGAACAGGAGGGCAGAGAGGCUGAACAGCGUGAGGCUGCAGGAGCUGGAGGAGUCCCUGCAGGCGGGGCGGACGGCCCUGCGCCAGAGCGAGCGUACCAUCCUGGAGCUCCAGGCCCAAAAGGACGCGUGCCUCGCCGGCCUGGACAGCUGGGCGCUGCUGCAGGACGGGCUGCAGCGGUCGGUCGAGAUGAGGCUGCAGUUCGAGGGGUGCCUGCUCCGCCUGGUGGGCCGGGAGGAGGUUUGCGUGGAGUUGAUGCCCCGGGCGUGCCGGCCCGACCUGGCCGACCUGAAGCCGCUCUGUCUCUCCCUCACCCUGACUCCUGACGGCCUCUUCACUCUCCAGUCCCAGGGUGCUACAGGGGUUCUGGAUGAGUCCUUGCAGGGGCCCCUCACCCAGGUGAGCGCCGCCCUAGAGGAGAUCAUACAGCGUUACCUCAGCGAGGGGGAGAUGCUGGCCGAGAUCCAGGGACUCCACCAAAGGUUUGCCAUUGACUGGGACCCAGUGCAGAGGCUGUUGAUCUUCCUCAAGUCUGCCUCAGUGGUGUGCCACCUGCGUGUGGAGGACGGCUACCCCAACAGGGGGCAGGCCUCUCUGCUGUCUGUGCGCAAGGAGAGGGACUGCCCUGACAUCAGCACCCUGCAGCCCCCCCAGGUGAACCCCUCUUUGACACAGUGGCUGGUGUUCCUCAGCACUUGUCCCGACCUUUGA